GAGGUAAAGCUGACCUGCAGGACUCUUACAGAACCGGCUGUUUUCACCCAAGGGCACUACACCAAAAGUGGGUUUGGGGUUUACACCGAAGUAAAGAUGUGGCCCAUCACAUCAGUUCUCACCAGUGCUGUUCUUACACAUCAGAUUUCAGAGCUGUAGAGGAAUUUCAAGCUUGUUUCCCAGUUCUGACAAUGCCGUAUGUGCUCUCUCCUGGCUUUCUUACUUUCCUCUAUGUAGACUGGGAGGCCCAGAAUUGUAUUCCAGCUGGCACCAUCCAACAAGCUCUGCACUCUGGAGGUGAAAACAGUCUCUCUCUCUCAAGUACACAAGAGCAGAGCUGACGACUGGAGUUUUUGCAGGAAUUGGGACAGCGCUGCUUUGAGAUUGCAAGUAUCAGUGUUCCAGUGAACUCUUUCCUCACCAACUUAAUCAGAAGUGAGAUGAUAAAACAGCUCCCCAUAAUGGCAGAAGCAAUACAGUGUAUCCAUGCAGACGGUGUUAAGAUAGCUCUUCUAAGCAACAGCUUCCAGCGGCCAAAUGGAGAGAGCUUUCUGCCCCUGGACCAAAAGCAUUUUGAUGUGAUAGCUGAAGCUUAUCGAGAAGGAAAGUGCAAGCCAGAUCCUUGCAUCUACAAGCUGUGCUUGGAGCGCUUGGAUGUUCAGCCUCAGGAAUCCAUCUUCCUCGACAUCAGCAGCCAGAACCUGAAAGCAGCAGCUCAGCUUGGUAUUAAAACAGUGAAGGUUGAUGAUCUUGAAGUAGCAUUCAAAGAGCUGGAAACCUAUCUGGGUUUUCCUUUAAAAGGGUUUGUUCCAUAUACUCGUUCUGUGAGACCAACCAUGGAAAUUCCAAAAGACAGUCUGCAAAAGUACCUUGAAAAUGUUUUCAGUGACCAGGCAACAGGUCCGCUGACACUGUGGCAGUUUGGCUGUGGACAGUCUGCCCAGACCUAUUUUGUCAAAUUUGGAGAUCUUAUGGUGCUGAAGAAGGAACUCCUUGACAGCCUGCUUCCUUCAGGUCCUGCUGUUGGAAGGGAAUACGGCUUGCUGUGCCAGAGAUCUGUGCCUCAGCAGCAGAACAGCAUGACACUUGUGCCAUCUCAUUUUAAUGUAUUCAAAACUGAACACUUGAUUCUUUUAGAUACUGUGCAUCUGCCUAACAACAACACAGUUAUAGUAUCGAUUCCAAAAUGCCUUUGUGUGCUGAAACAGCUCUCUGACUUACCCUGGCAGGAUACUGAAGGCACUGAGGCUGGUGUUCCAUUCCUACUGUACUUGCUCUGUGUGAGGACAGAAGGUAAUUACACCCAGCAGCAAGUUGAUACCUGGACAAAGCAGUAUCGAGCUACAGAACACGUUAUUCCAGCCAUGGAGAGACUCAUUGAGUGGCUGCCUUUGCAUUUUCCUGAAUCUCAGAAGACAACAGUUGUGCAUGGCAAUUUCAGGCUGGACAACCUAAUCUUUCACCCAAAGAGGCCAGAAGUCCUUGCAGUCCUUGGCUGGAAGUUUUCAAUUCUAGGAAAUCCCAUCUCCAGUUUGGCAAAUAACUGUAUGGCUAUGGCUUACUUCUUGCCACCUCAGUUCGACCCAAUGAAAGGCUUGGCAAAAUACAAUUUGAGGCACCUGGGAGUCCCUGCAGCAGAGGGAUAUUGCCAGAAGUACUGUGGUCACAUGGAGGAGCUCCCUGAGAACUGGAAUUUCUAUGUGGCCUCUGCUUUCUUCAGACUGGCUGCAAUGCUGCAGGGACUCCACAAACACUCUCUGACAGGGAGGCCAGCCUGUGGUAAAAGCUGUCUGGAGCAUGCAGAGUUUGUGGCUGAUCUGGCUUGGGAUUUUGCCAUAACAGAAGGAUCCCGUGUGUUUGACAGCCUCUCCAUUGCAAAGCCUUUUGCACAACAUUACAGUACCUGGGCCAGGCAAGGCUGUAGCAGGAGCCACAGUACCUGGACACAUCCUGGGACUGUCCCUGUGCCUGAAGUACCCCUGAUCACUUCCUUCAGCAGCCUCCUGGGGGUGGCCCAAUGUCUUUAAUGCAAGCUGGCAAGGAUCUUGGAUGUCCAGUGGAGCUUUCUGAUUUCCCAGCCCAGAUGCACUCCACAUCCUGUUCUAGAAAAGAAGGUCUCUGGAGCAGAACAUCUCAGCAGUGUGUUCUCCAGCCCAGCACUCCACUCAGACCUGAGCCCUACAUCUGGCUGAAGUUCCCACAUGGUUCACAGGACAAUGUUCUCCAAACUGGAGCUGAGCCACUGCACUGGGGAGCCUUGGAACAUGUAACUAAAACCGCCCCUCUGGCAUGGAGAAGGUUGUGCUAUCUGCAGCCUUGAAGCUUGAGAAUUUCAGUGGUAUUUACUGUUAUCUGGGCUCAGUGCCUUUAUUGCCAGAUUCAAUAGGUACGGGGCAAAAUCCCUCCCUGGAUCAUGAUGCUGCAGACAAUCAGCAGCCUUGCAGUGGGGAGCACUGAUUAGGAACAGCCAGGUUGGGGUUGCAAGUCUUGGUUUUGGGAGUAUAGGAAGCAGAGUGGAGCAUCUCUCCUUAGCACAACACCUCCAGCAAUCUGAGGGUGCCAGAACUCCAACAGUGAGAGGAAAUGAAUCACUGGCUUCAGAGCAGAUCGUGGAGCUGAGGUCCAUGGAACUGGGAGGACUCCCUGACCGUAUGACUGCAGUGGAUUUCUCUGGGUUUCUUUAGGGAUCUGGGAUGAUGUAAACCAGAUUAGUGGAGGCUUUCAGUGCUUCACAAAGAUCAGCAGCAGGGAAAAGACUGUGGGCUUGAUCAUAGUAAUUCCUGAGCUUUUUAUGUGUACACUGGUAUUAAUUUAAUAUUAAGGUGAUGGAUAUACUUCUUUGAAUUCACAUGAUUAACAAGUUCAGCUCUUUAGUACUCCUUUGCUCCUGUUGGAAACACUGUGCUGGGGACAGUGGGAUGCAUGCCUGCAGCUUUGGCCAUCGCCGAGGCUGACCUGGCAGGGUCCUUGCACUGACUCAUAUCACAGUGCCCGAUGCUGGCUCCUCCAGUGCACAACCUUGCAGCCCACUUCCACAAAGCCACAUUAUUCAUCUGCCCAGGGUGGUCACCUCAUCCUUGCUGCCAGGGGCAGGAGAAGUGCUGCAGGGAAGCCCCAGGAUUGCUGUGUUGCUGGCUAUAGGAAACUUUGUAACCUGAGCUGUGGUUUUUCCUGGGCUGAGAGUGAAAUUCAACCUCUCCCCAUGGCAUUUGGCUCUGCUGUAGAAGGGGGAGGGAGUCUCUGGGCCUGUAUCUGCCCAGCACAAAACAGACUGCGUGAUUUCUGAGCGGGCAUCUGGCCUUUGUACCUCCUAACAUCUCAUCUUGCAACAGGUAGAACCCUUGCCAGCCAUUGCAGGGCUGAAGGUUUGAGGCUGCCUUCGGCCUCAUGCAUGCCUUCAUGCGUUUCCUCCGUUACAUGGGAUUUUAGCAUUGCUGGGUUUAUCUGCUAAGCCCCAGGGAAAGAAAGGGAUGUGCUCAAGUUGAGCAAAAAUAAAAAUAUUAAGCCACAGAUGUCA